AUGAACAGAACGGCCGGUGUGCAAAACCCCACCGUGUUUGCUAGAGAUAUCGUGAGUGACGGAUGGUUGUUUGCCCCGAUCAUCAACGCGGUUUACAGGUUCGUGCUUGCGUUGUUCCACGUUAAUGUAUCGUCUGCUGCUGGGAGAACCGAUGGGCAAGGUUCCCAAGGACACGGCACCGUGGUGUUGUUUAUACUGCAUUUCGUUGAUUACCUGCUCAGCCCUUAUGGUGGCAUCUGCUUCGCGACUAGUCUGGUUCUCAACAGAAUAAAAGUGAUGUCCGCACUGAGGUCCACCUCUCAGAGUGGUGUCAUGCUGCCCCUGUGGUCUAGGACUCUGUUGCACACGGUGGCGCUCGUGCCGUUGGUGUACACACUGUUGCAAUUGCUAGCGCAGAUGGACAGUAUAGAUUGGUUCCCAAAAGUCGGUGCGAACGACCCGUCGUUUGUGUCCACGAGAGUGUUGCUAGUGGUGGCAUGGUCCCGCAUAGUGGAGACUUUCUACACUACAACAACGAAACUGCGGGUCCUACAGGAUACGGAUUUCCCUCUCGCAGGGCUGUCCAUCGAAUUGUUCGUCAUGGGAAGUGAGUACCAUCUGGGACCAGGGCACUACUUCGAGCCCCUUAUGGCCGUGCUCAGCAGGAUCUCGAUACACUUGCUUGAGUUGGUGCAGCGGCGGCAGUGGCGGUUCGCGUGCAACUCUUUGCAGAACUGUUACAUCACGUACUACCUCGUGCGGCGAGACGGUGAGCCAUCUCUUGCGAAUGCGGAUUUUAGAAUGUGGCCCAACUACCUCGUGACAGAGGUCGGUAUCGGUGCCCUCAUCACAGCGUACUGUGCGGGGGAAAUAAACUGGUCAGACAUCGUGGCGAGGGUCAAUGGGCUGGGGUCCUUUGGCGAGGAGGAGUACUUCAGCAUCAUGUGCAAAAUUGUAGACACCCUGUGUGAUACGCGGGAAACACCGGUCGAGGCCACCGCCAUGGAAGGUAGGGAGCAACUGUACCGUUCAUACAUUGUCAGCGGGUACUUGGACCAAGUAGAGAACACGCCGGACGAUUCGCAAUGGAGCGAGAAGAAACGGGAGUAUCAUCAGGAGAAGGGGGGCCGCCCCUCCAUUGUUUCCGCGGCCCUGGCUGGGAGAUUCGGACAAUUGGCCGUCCUCUCACGGCGCGUCCUACUUGCGUUCCGCUCGAAUCUGUUAGGGCGCAGAACAACAAGUCGGCGCGGAACAGCCGGUGCCGCCGCGAAGGAUUUCAACAUCCUAGUGACGAAACGUAACUACGCCAAGUUUUUGGCGAGAAUAGUCUCCAACGGGCGCUGUGACAAUGAUACACACCACGCAGUCAACAGCUACCUCCUGCCAGAUUUCGACACCUCGCCAGAUUACACUCCGGGACCACCUUACAAAGUAUACCCUGAGGAGGAGGAGUACGAAAUGCUCGAACAGGACCCCGAUGAAAUCAAGGAGGAACUGGCGACGCUGUGCACUCCAGAACUCUCGGACCUGUCCACGCCGUCCAACCUGAGCUGGAUCAUCUCCCUGUGGUCAAUGCUGACCUGUCAGGGGGAUUCAGACAAGGUAAUGACCAGGAGACAGUAUGCGGCUACACAUGCGGACGACGUCCUCACGGAGGUGGUGUUACAAGAAGCCGUGUUCGGCGGCGGAAGAAAGAUCGCGCAUACGCAUGCGCAAACCCCAGGAGACAACGUACAUUCUCUAGGGUACACGGACGAGGAAACAGACGACGAAAUGGAGGCGAUGUGUCCGAUCUGCCAGAGGUACCCCAGAAACGUCGUUCUCUGGCCCUGUCGAUGCCUCGCGGUUUGCAAUCAAUGCAGAGAAACACUCGGGAAACGCGGAUUCAACGCGUGCAUCACCUGCCAAAAACAAGUCAGCGGGUACAGCAAGAUAAACACCGUGUGA